AUGGCAAGCAAGCACAAAAAUUAAGAAUAAAAACAAAGGGGCAUUUAUGCAUUAACUGAAAUAUCCAUAAGUGAUUCAGACUACACAGAUGACGAUCCUAACAACAUAAAUCUACUUAAAAAUCUUUAGGAUGAUAGCUUGACUAUUGCCACAGAUUAUGAAAGAUAUAGAAAUGAUUAGCAAGAGGUCUACAAGUAUUUCAAUCGAAUCAUGUAUAAAAUCAGGAGAAGAAAGACAGCAUUUGAAAAUCUCUAAAAUCAACUAGUGGUAAAUAAUAUUUUUAAGACUUAAGUCUAUGUAUUUUAGGACUUGUAUAGAAAGGCUAAAGAAAGAGACAUGACUUAAGAACUUUCUGAUGCAAUAAAUAAUCAUAAAGAAAUGAAACUAAAAGCUCGAGUCACAAGGUUUGAUGUUGAAAACUAUACAGCAGUGCUUCAAAGACAAAAGGGAGAUGUAGCAUUAAUGAAGGAGAAAUGCGAAGAAUAUGAUCAAAUAUUCAAACAGUAUGAUGACACAAUGAGGAAAUACGAAAUAAUUAAUGAAGUUACCCAGAAAGAGAUGAUGGAUAUUUAAAAUAGACUAGAAUAAUCCAAGAAAAUUUUAGCAAAGAGAUUAAUUGACAAUCAAAAGAAACUUGAGGCUAGACAAUUCUAGUUUUCUAGGAUUGAAAAAUCAAUUAUGGAGUAAGAUGAAAUCAAGAAACAAGUCCAUAAAGAUACGUUGAAGUUCGAAAGGGAUCUGUUCAUAAAAAAAGAGCAUGAUAUUAUCCAAAAACGGCAAGAAGAGGUAUUGAAUCAUAUUAAUGAUUUUGUGAAUAAUGAUAUGUCCAAAAUAGAAAAAAGGUAUCACUACCUAUUUGAGAAACUAGGAACUAAAAAUAUUGAUGAACUAAAAGAUAAAAUUAUUAACUAAGUAAUACCCUUUGACAUUCAUAAGCAAAGUCUUGAAAAUGAAAUGAGAGACAAGUUAUAGAAUAUUGGUGUUCUUCAAGGUUAAAAAUGGUCAUUAUUAGAGGAAUUAGAAAUAGCUAAGUAAGAAUACGAAAAAGAUUAUAAGGAAUAAGAGCGUUUUCAGCUCAUAAAGAUCAAAGAAACAGAACACACUCUUAUUGAGAACUAAAAAUAGCAAGAAUUUUUCAAAGAAAAAAUUGAAAUAAACAGUAAAUUGUAAGAGAGAAGCUCUCAAAAGCAAGUUUAGUGGAUAAAAGUAGGUCAUGAGGUAGUUGGGAUCAAAUUUGAAGAAACUUAUCAUAAAUUAGUAGAAAAGCAGAGAUGA